AUGCCCGCCGCACACUCGUUCUGGUGGAACGGUGACAACGCCAACAUGGCGAUGACUCACUUUCUCAAAAACAAAUACCCCUUGGUACAAGUGACGGCUUGGAAAAGAAAUCCAUCGACAGCGAGCGAUAUCCUCAAGACUUGGCGCAAAGACGCUGCGCUUUUAUACACAAAAGUCAUUAAGAACGGCGGAGACGACGAUGAUGUAUCCGGCGAAGAGGCAGACGAAGAUGUCGGUGAGAAUACGGAAGAUGGCCUCAAUCUCCCGCAGAGUUUCGCCGCAGAGGGUGGGGAGGGGGAGUCCAGUGAAGGAGCGGCCGAUGCCAUCUUCACGGCCCACAGUCGAGAAACGAAGAGAAGAGUCGAAGCACCCAGACGGAUCGAGUCGCCAAAGAAGGCCAGGAAACACUUCAUCCAUGAGAGUGAGGGCUCCGAAGACGAUGUCUUUGGGUUUCGCCGGUCCAACGCGAAGCCGACAGCUUCGACGCCCAAGCGAGCCGUUGCCGCCCUGAUAACGCCAACUCGAAGUGGCGGGUCCAGUCCCAUUAUUCUAGUCGACUCUGGGACGGAGAAUGAAGGUCCCUUUGAAGCGAGAGGAUACUAUGGUCGUCGUCGAGGCCGCCGAUGCCGGUUUGUGAGGCCUGAGAGCCCGCCGGCCGAUAUUGUCGUGGCCGAUCCGUCGCCCCUCACUCUGACUCUCGUUCAGACCAUGGCAUCAAUCGAACCAGCCGAGGCACCAGCCCAUGAACAUGAAUGCCUGGCAGCCCUGCAAAAGGCGGUGGAUUCUGUUGCGAAGUCCUGCGUCGCAUUUUCGACCAAGAAGCGGAGGGAGACGAGUUGUCAACUCAACGAACUCGAGAACAAGUUGGGCAAGCUCGGCAGCGCGGUCAAGAGACUGAACGACGCUAUUCAACCUUGA